UUAGUUUUCGGACUUUUUUUUGUUCAACAAAAUAAAAUAAAAUUUUAUUGGGAGUGAAUGAAAAAGUCUCCUGCUUAUAAAGAAAAGUAAUUUUAAUGGCUUUUUGGGUAUUGUUUAUUCUUUGCAAGUAGGAGCAAUUACUACUGCUAUUGGUAUUUGGUUGUAGAUUAUAAAGUAUAUGGAAUAAUAGAGAAUUUGAGGAAAAGAAACGAAAAAAAAAAAUGAAGAGAUUGUAUUAAUGGGGUUUCCAGAAUCUUGAUAUUGGUCAAUUUGUUUUAGGGUGUUGUAUAAAAAAUGCAUAUCUAGGGGCAUUCUUUGAAUGAAUUCUUUUGGAUUCAAUAGACAGGCGUCCAUUAAAAAGGAUAGCAACUUAAAAAAAAAGCCAUUGGAGAUUUUUGAUGGUUUUAUUUUGAAUGAAAGCUUGUUGAUAAGGAAAGAUUGAUGGGUAAGACGAAGAAGCCUCAAAAAACGAAGCAACUUUCAGUAGCAUUAGCUGAGGCUUCAUCAGCAGGAGAAGAAGCACAACAACAAUCUCAGCCUCAGACUCCUAGAAAGAGAGGCAGACCACGAAAGAUUGUAGAGAGAACAGAAAGUGAAGAAGUAAAAGAAGAGGAAACAGCUGAAGUUACCGAGAGCCAAUCAAAGAAACUAAAAACUUCUGAGGAACAACAACAGAAGGAUGAUGAUGAUGAAGAAGAAGAGCCGCAACAAGAGCAAAAUCCACAGGUAAAGGCAGAGGCAUCAUCAGCUUCGAUGGGAGGCCCGAAAAAAGGAGAGGGACAAUCAGUAUCACCGAAGGAACCUCCAACAAGGAGAACAAGGAGAACAAGAAGAAAAAGCAAACCCAGAAAGAGCAGCUAAAAUUGCUUCAAUUUGCCUUAAUGAAGUCUGGUAAAUCCAUUUUUCCUUCUUGUUUACUACACACUUGUAUGGUAUCUCCAAGAAAGGAAGAUUAAAAUUAUUUAGCUUUUCAUGUUUGAGUAAGGUGAAGUUGAAAUUUCCAGGUUUCAUGAUGAAAGCUUCUUCGUUUCAUCAAAUUUAUUGCUCUAUUCAUCUGUUCCAAACGUGGACACA